GAAAUGAUGGAGCUGUGGGUAAACUCGGCGCCACUUCUGAAUCCGAGGUGUCACACAGUUAGAGUACCGAUUCGUAGUAUCAAAGCGUGAGGCAUUUCGCAACAAGUUACAAACCACUCAAGGCCCGAUAUCAUUCAGUGUUUCUAGCUAGCACCAUGAAUCUCCCUCGACCUCAGCGCGACGGUCGCCGUCGCCAUCCUUCAAACUACGGAUUCAGGUCUCCACGUUUCCCUGAUCUGCACACCUUCAGUCGCUUCGCAGACAAUUUACUUCACCGGCGACACGAAGAACCACUACGUUCACCUGGAUCGCAUCCGGAUUGGCACUUUGUGCCUCCUCCAUAUUGCUACGGACCACCGCCCCCUCCUCCACCUCCAUUGUACUCGUCCAACUCUCCACAUUUCGCCAAGCUUUCGGCGCCGGCACGAGAAAUUCACUCUUCGCCGCAGAACGCACCGACAGCACAGCAGUCUGUAAUGGCGAAGUCGCCAGCGCCAUCCGCGCCGUCGUCUGAAGAGGAGUGGAGCAAGAGUAACCCUGCUCCAUCAGCACCUCCAGUCGACCAGGAAGACACAGGGGCCAGUUCUCGUCGGCAUAAAACUCACGCAGCAGGUCUCAUCAUGACUGGAAGAGUCCACCAACGUCCACCGUUUGGUGGAAUCAGAAAUUAACCAUCUGAGUCCGAAUUUAGUCGAUUGUCUGAACGUUGCACAUCGUGCACAGUAGAAAAUCCCGCGAGUUCAUCAAGCGGACACGACACAAGUUCAGCAGCAAGAAGAAGGCAGUAUUAACAAUGCACAACCAGCAGCCACCACCCGGCCAGCCUCAGCAAGGUUAUCCUCCUCAAGGAGCGCCGCCACCGCAACAGCCUGCUCCAGGCUAUCCACCACAAGGGCAGCAUCAACAUCCUCCUGUCGCUCAGCCUGCGUACCCUCCCCAGACAGCUCCAGCGCCGGCGCCGUACCCGCAUGCAGCUCCGCCACCGCAGCAGCAUCCUUACCCACCUGCUCCCGCUCCGGGCUAUGCCUACCCGGCUCCGGCCCCGCAUGCUUACCCCCAUCCUGCUCCGGCCUACCCACCGCCUCCUCCUCCGGCUUACGCUGCUGCACCCCCUCCUGUGUAUGCAGCUCCGCCGCCUCAACCGGUCUACGUUGUUCAGCCAGGUGUGCACCAUGCGCACCACCACCAUCACCACGGCUACGGUCACCAUCACUACAAGUACAAGGGCUACAAGCGCAGAGGACUAGGUGGCCUGCUAGGCUUCGGUCAUCGACACCACGGCUAUGGACAUGGCUAUGGCUACGGACAUGGUCACUACGGACACUAUGGUCACGGCUACGGACACUACAAGCACAAGGGCUACAAACGCAAGGGAUUCUUCAAGUAAACUCCAUAGUUUGGUAGGCGGAACCUUGAUGUGAAUACAAGAGAAUCGUUGAUUUCUUUGUGUUCGUGAUGCAACUCAACGGCUGACCUUCACUUAAUCGAUCAUCACAGCAUCAUAAAG